AUGCUUCGAACGCCUUCAACGGGGCUUUUGACCUCUAACGUCUCCUGGGAAGACGUCGAGAAGGUCGUCGACGCCAAGUACCACGGAGCAGCGGCGUUUGGACCGAAGAAGCGCAUUUCUCCGUUGGGAUUGGGAAUCGUUCGUUUUUCAUUGUCUAUUGAAGCUCGAACUACUUGGAAAUUAAAGAUUCGCUAUUUUCACAGGUUUCCAGUGAUCACACAAACGUUCCGUUUUGCUGAAAAUUUUGUUUCACAAGGAGUGUCAUUUUCUUCAAACUUCUAAAUUUAGCUCAAACGAUUUUUGGAAGUUCAUAAUAAGAUCUCUCAUAGUCGCUUUCUGUGCAGAAUUUCACUUCGGAGCUCUGAAUUUUGCAAGUCGAGGCUUAAAACAAGGUCGAGGCUUGCGAUCAAGAUCACGGAAGUUUGAAACUUAUUUUCCAAAAUCAAGACGUUAGAAGCCGCUAUAUGUGUCUUGAACUUUUUGAAAAACUCCCAUAUUUGACUGACAUCCCCUUCUUUGCCAAUGUCGUACGUUCAGGGCCUUCAAUCGCUUCUUGGAGUUGUCGAUCCGGACUGGAAAACCAAUGGAAAAAUAACUUUGCCGUCAAACUUUGCUCUCAAGAUUGCUUCACCCGUUGUUAUGCUUCGUAAGUCCCCCGGAAAAAAAAAACUUUCAAAAAGUGACUCAAUUUAAAUUUCUACCGUCCUAGAAAAUCGAGUUAUGAGAAAACUCUAUUAGUGAGACUUAUAGUGUUUAAAAGUUUCAUCACUUUCAAAUCAUUGAAGUUUCCAGAAGUAAUGAUGUCAGAAGCUGCCAAGUUGCCUCCAGAACUGACGGCUCAAAUGUCCUCCGUCGUGGAUGAAUUCGUCAGCUUCCUCACCCCUGUGAAAGCAAUUCUCUGCUAUCCUGAGCAACAACAUGAACAUUUCAGUGUCACAACUCGGAGAUGUUCUUCUAUGAAUUUUUCGAAAACUGCGCAAAAAGGUGCGAAAUCGUGCCAAGAUAUCAUUUCGGAACAAAACUGACGGAGGACAACCAGUCAAGAGCGUUUCUGGCCGUGGAAAUGAUUGAGAAUGCAAAAAGUGGGACGAUUGUACAGAGCUUGACCGAUGUCCAAAUGGAGCAGGUGCGGAAAAAUAAAGAAAAAAGAGAAAAAUUGCUUUUCAAGGUGCUAAAAUCGUUGGCACGGAUGCAAGCCGCUUUUGUCGACGCUCCUGAUGACGUCAUCCAGAAAGCGCCGCACCAAGGACUCUCCGGCGUGUACAACACCAUCAAAGACUUUGUCCUCGACUAUUUUCGUCGACCUUAUGAACUUUGAUGUUUCAGAUUCUGGUGCUGAACAACCGGGCAUCGUCGUCGUUACUGCCACCGGAACUGGCGUCUCUGACCCGAAAACUUUGA